GACUACAACUUUGUGUUAACUUACAAACCUAGAACACAAAUGACAAAAGCUGAUUUACUCUUAAGACAAGUAGGUUAUGAAAGGGAGGAGAAUGAUAACAAAAAUCUUGUUCUCCUAGACAAUUCCUGUUUUGUGUCCAAGACAAUCUGA